AUGGUGACAAAUAUUCAGGAUGCAAAGAUCCUCAUUCAAUCUCCAAAAGCAAAAGAACGUGGGAGCGGUCUCAAAGACCUCGUUCACAUCCUCAAGCACAACCGCGGAAAGCCCAGUCUUGAGGCGCUCAGUAACAAGGCCUACCUAGCGUUAUGCGAAACCCUCUUCCAGUGCCUGCGCGAUGAGCAGGCAAACUUCCUUCGUAACAGACACAAGGCCAAGCCUGCUCCGCACCUUCCUCUCGCCGCCUCGGCUCUGCGUCAUGUCAUUGCAUCGGGCGUACGAACAAUUAAAAGCUCUACCGUCGAGGUCAUCAUAGACACCAUAACCGAGGUAUUGCCAGGGAACAAUGGUCUGAUUGAACCGCUUCUUGAGGAUCUCCCCAAGACCCUCCGUUCAGUGUUCGAAUACCAGCCUCAUGUUGAGCGUCUCUCCAAAGACUGCUGGGACGCUGCAGUCGACCUUUGCAUUGAGUCGCUAGCCGAACUCUGUUCAGAGCCCGCUGAAGCUGAGCCGCAGAACAGCUGGAGCACGAGCGUAUCAAGUCGUGCUCGCACUCCGCUAGAGUCUACCGACUUUACCUCUUCUAGAGCAUCUCCACGCCCGCAAGUGACCAGGAACAGGCAAGCUUCACUCCAGCAUGCUCACGCAGCUGAGGACUUUGUGCAUUGCUUGUAUUAUCUUGUCAAGGCAUCCAAUGCGCCAUUACUGGACAAGGCUGAUAACGUCCUGACAGCAUUACUGCACUACUUACAACAGAGGACUGGUCGUGGCAGUGUCGCCGCUGCUGCAUUUGCGGCUAUCAAUUCCGUCCUGGCUCGAAUUACAUUGCAGUCCCUUGAUUUGACUAAACGCACGGUGCUAGAACUACUCCCUCUAAUGAAGUCCAUGUGGUCUGAGGCCGUAUUGCGAGAUGAGAUCAUGAUCAACUUGAUGUAUACUGAAGCCCACAUUGCAAGUCUCCUUCUUGAUCCAGACGACGAGACGACUAGUUCCAGUCUUGAGGCUCUGGUCGAGACCAUGUACAGCGACUACCGACGCCGACAGGAUACCACAGCGCACCAAUAUCUCGAAGAGGAUCAUCUUUGCUUUCGGCACUUGGGACCUGCCGACCAGAACACGCACCCGCUGAACACAUGCGCCUUUUCCAUGGAGAUGGAGCAUGAGCGCUACGAGGGUCUCUGGUCUACAGUGUCAACUAUUGCACGUUUUUCCUUCAUGCUCGAUGAGAGACGUCGGACCAUUGCCCAUGAUCGUAGCGAUAGUGAAGAAAGCUUCAGCAAACGUAUUCGCGUCACGCAGCUCUUCCCAGAAUAUCUCUGUCAUGUGUCAGAGCCCAGAUCUAAUGCCAAGCGAGCUGCUCUACAAGUGGUUACUUUCAUGGUCCAGGAAGGUCCCUUCGACGAGGACGUACUUCAAACGAUGGUGGAGAAGCUUACUUCAUGCAUUUCCGACGAGAACCCAGUACACUCGGCAUGGUCAAUGAUAGGUUUGGCAGGUGCUGCCCUCCAACGCUCAGCAUCUCAUCCUGCACUUCAGCUAUAUUGGAUAUCAGCGUGGCAGAGCGCGUCUCGGGUAGUCACUUCCACGUCUGUAUCUCGCGCGGCAUGUCACCUCAUGGAUGUUCUUCUCAGGCUCAAAAUUGUUCCAUUCUCAUCGGUUUCGACGACCGUACAAUCGCUGCUUCUGUCGAUCGAAUUGAGUGGCCCGGCAUUACUCACCGAGAGCAGUUCAUCGCUCUUCACUACCAUCCUUCAGGAGCGUAUCAAAGAAAACCCUACACAUUUUAGUUCGACCGCUGAGAGAAUCUUGAACUGGCUCAUCAGCAAAUGGACUCCAGAUCGACCUUUCAACCCACCGAAACCAACAGGUUUCCUGGUACUGGGGCCUGUUGCGCAAGCCAGAACUCAGAUAAUGCGCCACAAAGACUUAGCCGAAUAUCUGUUACUUCUCCCUGUCACAGCAGAUUUCACCGUCAAAAGCGAUGAGCCGGCUUGCAUUGUCGACGACGCAACGAGUGACUAUCACCUUACGCCAAUGGGUGAUCGAAUUACUGAUUUCUGCAUGUCUGAGCUCAACAGGGCUCAGCAACGCUGGAAAGACACGGCGACAACGAACCUCCAAGGCAUAACUUCGGACAUGAUGCGCAUCAUCACCAACCUAUGCAUCGUUGCGUCGGCCGUUGCCACCCUCAGCGACCCUGAUGACCAUCGUAUCCGCAUACUCAAAUCGUCGGUCACCAACCUGAUCGAAUCCUUCAGCGCCGUACUAGCCAAGCCCCAAACUGAACAGUACAAGGUGGAUGCUGUCCUCGAAGCUUGUGCCCGAAGUCUUCCCAGCAUCAGCUCCAUAUCACAGCCGAGCUCGAACAUUUACAAGACGAGUGGGGUUUACCAACUGUCUCGACAAUUAUCCAAGGCCCUACGGGAUCGCAAGGACAUCAAACAAUCAUUUUACGCGGAAGAAGAGGACAUGAUGGAUGUGGACGGUGAGCCCAAUUCACAGAUGGCGAUUGGAGCAGCAGCGUCCGAUAUUGACGUCCCUCGCCAUGAUGUGCAAGCAGAGCACGACGUCUCAGCUUUACGUGCGUCGUGCGCAGCCUACUUGCAGUUUAUUUCAAGUCUUGCCGAAGACCCAGAAUCAGAGCAGAACGAGAUACCCUCCCGGUUUGUCAACUACUUAAUUUCUCUCCCCGAGAACGACCUUCUCCGGUCUCGUCCAUUCCUUCGCGAACUAUGGAACAGCAGCAUGAAGAUAUCUCGAAUCGAUUGUCUCAAUCUUCUGGAACGAUUCAGUGAAGCUCUCAUCGAUCCCCGCGCUCGCGAAUACAACACAUCGGAAGUCGCAAAUAGUAUGUUUGUAGAGGCCUUGAUUGGGACUACGCUCGUGUGGGUGCCAGAUGCAACUGAGCGUGAGGCUCAGGAUCUCUAUGACAACGUCGAGGCCCUGUAUGCGUACUAUGUCAAAGAGAUGGAGAAGGGCGGUGUGAGGCGGUCCGCAACCUUACAAACGACGAUCGCGGUCUUUUUAAGUGGUCUCCUGAAGCAUCAUCCUGAGUUUGCGCAAAAUCGCAAGGUCCCUUCAGUGCGAACCAGUCUUUUCGAUUUACUGUCACGAGGUGAAAUGACCGUCAAAUAUCACAUCGCACAGCACUUGCCGAGGAUGUUCGAGUACUUCGUGCUCAGAGAGCACGAUAAGAUCCUGCAAGAUGUUGACAGCAGUUUGCCUGGAGACGAUGAGGGAAGUGAGGGAAUCGCUGUACGAUUGCUUGUCCUAUCGCGUCUGGCAUCGCAAUGGCAUACGCUGUUGCGCCAUAGCGUAUACCGCAUGUUUGCCACAGCAGGAACUAUACAAGGUGCGGCUUAUCAUGCCCAACGAUGCAUUUCUCAUGUCGCUCGAUCAAGGGGACUUGGUGAUUCACAAAGCCUGUUCAGGCUCUUUGCACCGCAGGUCAUCUUCACAUGGUUGGAUCGAGGUCAGAAGAUCCGCGGCAUCCCGUUCUUGAUUUUCGAUUAUACUUCGCUUCCAGACCUUCUACAAGACAUAGAAGCCGAAGUCGUAGGCCAAGCCAUCAUGUUUGGUCGUAAAGAUGAAGUAGAAUUCUUAGCGGACCAACUGGAGUCUUCUGCAGAAGAGGUGCUGGCAAAAAACAUUGGCAAGGCUGCUGCGUAUACCAUAGCAUGGGAUACAUGCAGAGGCUCCGCACGGAACAAGGCAGAUUCGAGCUGUGGGAACUUGCUGAAAGAUAUGGUCGGUAGUGACAAGUACUACAGUCUGAUACAAAAGCACUUCCCUCAGGUUUUGGGCCACAUAUUACAAACCAUGGAUCACGAAGAACGUGUCGGCAAGUCCCUAGAAAAGAAAGCCCCCUUCAAUUCUGCGGCUGCAGUCUUGGCGGAAAUUACGAGCAUCAAUCAAUCUGCGCAGGGUCUCAAUAUAGGCAUUGAGCCUUCGUUUUCCGCCUUUUACUUGCCAGAUCAGCUUGAGCGCCUUUGUAGACGAACAGGCGACAAGCCUGCGGGUUUUUGGUCAUCGAGCACAUACACUUAUGCGAUGCGUUCUCUCCUCGAUCGCAUUCAUCCAGCACUAGGCUCGCUUUAUGCACGAUCAAUGAUUCGAAAGAUCAGAAUCAUUGUGGCACUCGCUGGACCUAUAGCUCACGAAGGCUACCCACUGCAAAUGACGCUACAGUCCUUGCGUCCUUUUCUUACAGACGUGCAAUGUGCAGAAGACACCGUGGGGAUAAUGCAGUAUCUCUUCGAGCAUGGCGCGGCGUAUCUUCGCCAGCAUCUGAGUUUCGUAACUGGUAUCGGGUUGUCAAUCCUUAUUUCGCUCCGGGUGUUCCUAGGCUCUUCUCAGGAAAGCACAACUCAGCAAUCGCAACACUUGGCGACCAUGAAUGCAGCCAAUAGAUUUCACACCUGGCUCACGGAGUAUCUGAAAGCUCAUGCUCAGGCUAUUUCCACUUCAGAACGGUCAUCAGUUGUGAAAGCAUUCAGACUCAUCACCACUACUGCUUCACAAGUCAAUGCCGAAGGUAACUCUGUUCGAGGGAGCGAGGAAAGCAAGCUUCUCUUAGAGAUAUUGGACGAUGUGCGAUCAGGGCGUAAACUCCUGAACAAAACAUCGCGAGACGUCGCAUUAGAUCUGCUAUGUCAGAACUUCCAUCCGGCCCCUACUGCACGAGAUGACGUUCUUGGUACCGACUAUGAGGCCGCAGAGUUUGCACCCCUAGUUUGGGAAUCCAGCCGCAGAAGCAAAGUCGGUGACGGCUAUCUGCUAUGGACAGCGCGGGUAUUGGGUCGAGCAUAUAGCGCUUACGGAGAGGUCAAGAAAAGUUCGGCAAAUCCUUGGCCAUGGUCGUACUCUAGUAUGAGCUCGAAAUCCGUGCUUGGAAAAGUUUCAAGGGAAGCGAUUGUCGAAGAAGUGAUUGAUCUGUUUUACAGCGACGAUCGUAGCGAGGUCAGUCUGGCCGAGGAUGCUGUCCGAUGCCUGAUCUCUCGCCUGGAACCAGAUUCACAAUACCUGAGUGAGAUGCAACGAGUCAUACCAGAGGCCAUCGGUAAAGCUCUCGUAUAUAGACCCCCACAGUGGGUUGAUACGCACUCUCACCAUACAACGCACGGACUUUAUGAAGCAAUUUCACUCACGCAGGCUAAGCCAGUAUCCUCCUGGAUCAGAGAUCUGGCUGUGGCACUUUGCCGAGUCGCAGUAGAAGACCCUAUACUCGGUGCGCUACCUGACCUCUUGACCGGUAUCAAUCACAUGGCGGAGACGCUCUUGCCUUGGAUCCUUCAUCUUGUACUGCUUGAUGAAUAUGAAGCAGAGCGUCAAGUCCACGAUGUUGUUUCAAAAGCUAUAGCAGACUGGUUCGACCACUGUAACGUUCACACCAUUCCACAUGUUCGCAUCCUCAUCCAGUCUAUCCUCUACCUCCGCAGCCAGCCAGUCCCAAAAGAGGCCACUCGAGUGGAGCGAGAUAGGUGGCUAGAGGUGGACUAUAUGAAAGCUGCUCAAGCUGCCGAUAUAUGCGGUAUGCACAGGAGUGCACUCUUGUUCGCAGAAACUUCUUCCAGUCAGCCCAUCGUCAAGAGUAGUACGAGGAGAUCCUCCGUGAUGGUUGACCCUCCUAAGAUUCCACUGCAGCUCCAGCUAUCGAUUUACAAGAAUCUGGAUGAGCCUGACUCUUUCUAUGGUGUGGACCGAGGUUCAAGUCUACUGUCAGUUGUAGAUCGUCUGGAUUACGAAGGGGAUGGUGUCAAAAGCCUGCUCUUUCGUGGGGCUCGGCUUGACAGCCAGAUGCGUCGACGGAACGAAAUCGAACCAGUGGACUCUCGCGGCACAGUGAAGUCACUCAUCAUGUUGAACAUGAACAGCGUCACGCACUCGCUUCUCUCCAAUGACCAAUUCCGUGAUGCAGGGGACGAUGUCGUCGAGAGCACACUUCAUACUGCUCGGAAGCUCGGUCAAUGGGACAUCAAAGCCCCGGAAGUAAGCCAUACCGAAGCAAGCACAUUAUUCAAAGCAUUCCAGGGAUUGCAUUUUGCGAAGAGUGCAGCAGAGGCACAAGAAAACCUAGAUCGUCAGCUCCGGACGACAAUGAACUUCCUUUCUGGAAAGGACAACUCAUCAGUGCCGGCAAAGGUUCGUUUGCGGACCUUGGGAGCCCUGACAGAAGCGGAUGAUAUUAUUAAAGCCGAGCGCUCCGAACAUCUACUAGACAUCUGGGAUCGCAUGAAAGCUCGGGAGAAGUGGAUGCGGGCUGGAGAAUUCAACGACGUGCGCCAGCUCCUAUCUUGUCGUGAAACCUUGUUUAACGUACUCGGUUCAAACGUCGCACUUGUAGACUCGUUACAUACAAGGACCGCGACAAUACGAGGCAUGGAGGCUGAAGCCUUGGUGUCAUCCUCUAGUGUCUGUAGGAAACAUGGCGCGCUUCAGGAGUCUCUCGCUAGUGUAACCUAUCUUUCCGAUAUUGUGCCAGAAUGCAAGGCUAUAGGCCUGGAUAUCGAGGCUACAGCUCAGCACGAGGUAGCGAAUGUGCUUUGGGAACAGGGCGAGACCGAAAUCUCCAUUCGAAUGCGUCAGCACCUCAUCGAUCAUGCAGACUUUGAUUCACAGAAUGCCGAUUUGAGCUUGCCGGUGCUGCUCGCUAGACUGGGUCAUCAUCUUGCCGAAGCCCGCCUUGCCAAGCCUGACACAAUCAUGAAGGAUUAUCUCGAACCAGCAAUCCUUGAGCUCAAAGGCCAGCAUCAGGGCUCCGGUCCAGGCCAAGUUUUCCACGAGUUUGCGCUGUUUUGCGACAAGCAACUCCAGAGUCCUGAGGCGGCCGAAGACAUGGAUCGCAUCAAGACUGUCAUGGACAGGAAGUUGCAGGAAUAUCACGAUUUCACGAAGCUUUCCAAGACCGACAAAAGCAAGGGGAUGCGGGAGACAUACCAUCGAAAUGCCCGUCGGGCAAAGACAUGGUACGAUCUAGACAACGCAGAGUACGAGAGGAUGCGCAAGGGUCGUGAACAAUUUCUGCGGCAAUGUCUGGAGAACUAUCUUCUUUCGCUUUCCGCUAGUGAUGAGUACAAUCACGAUGCGCUUCGUGUAUUCUCUUUAUGGUUGGAGUACUCCGACACUACGCUGGCGAACCAGGCCGUCAAAGCAUACCUCAAGGAUGUUCCGAGCGGAAAGUUUGCUUUGCUCAUGAACCAGCUCUCGUCUCGACUACAAGCGGAUGAGAAUGAUUUUCAGCAUCUGCUGAUGGAGCUCGUCUUCCGCAUCUGUGUCGAGCAUCCAUACCAUGGUAUGCAUCAGAUCUUCGCGAUACAGAUGAAAGUCGGCGCUAUCACUAGGGAAGAUGUCGUUCGAGCCAAAGACGAGUCUGCAAAAUCUCGUCAGAAAGCUGCGGCUGGCCUCGCGAAUGCGCUCAGUAGCGAUAAGAGAGCACGUUCGUACUGGAGCUCCAUCUACCAGUCCAAUGAGAUCUAUCACCACCUUGCUAUGUUCAAGAGUGAGAAGGAGAGUACUCAACAAGGCCGUGAACUACAGCUCGAUAGAUACAAAGAGUCAAAGGACUUGGUAAACAAGGUUCCGAAGCUCAACGUACCCCCCGCUACGCUCCAGAUCGAGGUCAGGCCGAACAUGAACUACAGUGAUCUCCCAAGAAUUGCAGGUUUCAGAUCAACCAUGAGCAUCGCAAAUGGUCUCAGUGCGCCAAAGGUCAUUACUGCCAAGGGCACUGAUGGCAAACCGUACAAGCAACUGUUCAAAUCCGGGAAUGACGACCUUCGUCAAGAUGCGAUCAUGGAGCAAGUUUUCGAUCAAGUCUCACGUCUACUGAAGAACCAUACCGCAACGCGCAUACGCAACCUCGGCAUCCGCACCUACAAAGUUCUGCCGCUCUCGACUCGCUCAGGCCUAAUGGAGUUUGUCCAAAAUACUGUUCCGCUGCAUCUUUGGGUCAUGCCGGCACACGAAAAAUACUAUCCCAACGACUACAAACCGGACAGGUGUCGCAAGGAGAUUGGCGCAUGCCAGCAGGAUUCGCUCACUACGCGCGUCAAGGUGUGGCAGAAGAUUGCGGACAACUUCCACCCUGUGAUGCGCUACUUCCUUCUCGAGCGUUUCGAAGAUCCAGAUGAAUGGUUCGAGCGCCGCCUCGCGUACACACGCUCCACAGCGGCCAUUUCCAUUCUAGGCCACGUCCUGGGCCUCGGUGACCGACAUUGUCACAACAUCCUUCUCGACGAGAAAUCCGGAGAAGUCGUCCACAUCGAUCUUGGCGUGAGUUUCGAGGCUGGUCGCGUCUUGCCAGUACCGGAAGUCGUGCCGUUCCGACUAACGCGUGACCUGGUGGACGGAAUGGGCUACACGAAAACGGAAGGUGUAUUCCGACGGUGCUGCGAGUUUACAAUGGACACGCUACGCGAAGAGAGGGAGUCCAUCAUGACACUUCUCAACGUCCUGCGCUACGACCCACUUGUCAACUGGAGCGUUACGCCUACAAAAGCGAAACGCAUGCAGGAAGCCAAUCAGGAGACUGGUGCAAACGGCACGGCACGCUCAACAACUGUUGCGCCUAGUGCUACCCCAGCCCCGUCGGGGCAGACGACCGUUGAAGAAGUCACAGGCGUUGUGCAGGAGAGUAACAAGAGGAAGGAGAAGGAGGAUCAGGCUGGUGAGGCGGGGAGAGCCCUUAGCGUCGUGGAGAAGAAGUUGAGCAAGACGCUUAGUACCAAAGCGACUGUCAACGAGCUCAUUCAGCAAGCUACUGAUGAGCGCAACCUUGCGGUGCUGUAUAUGGGAUGGGCAAGCUACGCGUGAGCAAAAUGCGUGUAACAAUCUUUUGGUCAAAAUUCGACGCUGCAGCAGCAUUACAGGCGCGCAUUUGGUGCAUCUUUCUUUUUCUCUUGUCCUGCAUAGCUUUCAAGCGCGGCGUCAAUGGAAGAUAGUCUACCAUAUUUCUUGGACUUGACUAGCAAUAUAUAGGUAGUCUCAUGUAUACCAAGUACACACUACAAACCCA